AUGCACGUUUCAAGCCUCUUUUCUAUCGUGUCUCUGGCUUGCAUCGCCUGUGCAACUAUCCUGCAGAAUGGCCAGGUCCGUGACGUGAACUUUCCGGACACGAAAAUCACUCUCGACGACUCCAGCAAUUCGACCUGGACCACCUACCCGCCCAAUGCCACCGAAAUAGGCUACAAGGGUCGCUGGGACAGCAAGCAUAUAUCUUGGUGGUCAGCUCCCGGUCUCAAGUUUGGCUUCACCGGGGAACGCCUUGCCAUUACCUUCGGACAAUACACCUCCCCAGGUGUCCUCAUCGGCUACCGUCUCGACGGCCAGGACUGGCAAUUCACCAACGUAACCGCUGAUUCCACCCACCUCCUCAUCACCCCCAGCACCACCGGCUUCAACCUCACCUACUCCACCACCCGCACAUUCGAGCUCCGCGUCACCAACUGGUCCCUGGGCGUGCAGAUCGCCGCCGUCCACGUCUCCCGCGCCGGCGGCUCCCUCAUCCGCCUCCCACUGGCGCCGCGCACCCUCGAAAUCAUCGGCGACUCGCUCUCAGCCGGCCAGUACGCCACGUACGAAGGCCUCGCCUCGUACGCCUGGGACCUGGCCGCGGGGCUGGGCGAGACCGAGUUCAGCAUCACGGCGUACCCGGGCAUCUGCCUGGUCGACGCCGAGUGCUGGGGCAACGCCCGCGGCCAGGUGCGCCAGUGGCGCUACGCCUCGGACACGUCGUGGCGCGCCACCGAGCUGUACGGCGCCGACCACGCCGCCGCCGAAGCCUGGGAUUUCGCGGCCCAUCCGGCCGCCGACGUCGUCGUCGUCAACCUCGGCACCAACGACAACAACACGGCCAACAACGUCAGCAACGCCGCCUACCUCGACGCCUACGUUCAAUUGGUAGACGACAUCCACGAGACGUGGCCCGGCGCCCAGAUCGUCCUGGUCAGCUUGUGGAACGGCUUCUACCAAUUCGGCUCGUCGUGGGCGCAGGGCGGCGCCUUUGUCGACGAGAUUCAGGAGGUGGCCAGGCGCUACGAGGGCCAGGGCUUCGUGCAUUAUUUCAAUACUACCGGCAUUAUGCAGCACAAUGAUAUUGGACCGCAAUGGCAUCCUACCGACGUCGGCGCCCUCAAGCUCGCGAGCCACCUGAUGCAGUUCAUCAAGAUCAAGUUCGACUGGGAUCUUCUGGCAACUGGCCCCGAAGUACAGCACGAGACACUGUACUGGAAUGAUCAGGCAAACUACUAA